AUGAAAGAGAGGGGACAGGAAUGGGUGGAUGAAACUGUCCAUUGCAAAAUUCUCACCGACUCGCAGAUCGAAACUUUGGAAAGGUUUAUGAUCCGCCACAAUCUAAAGCUCAGCAAAAAGGACGUGUCUAAGGCAGCCAAAAAUCUCAAAAUUCCAAUCAAAAGCGCCCUGGUGUAUUUCCAGAGUGUCCAAAAAGAACUGGUGAACAGUGGAUUUGGAACGAAUAAAGAACUGUUAAGUAAAAUCAGGAAAAUAUACAAGAAGAUUAAAAGAAUACACAGAGAAUACAACAAAGAUAAGCCAUACAUAAACACUAUGCAAUAA